GACAGUUUCGGGCGAUGCGAAUCGACGAAAGAGCGAAUACGAGAGACAUUGUCAUUAGUCAUGACGGCUGAAUGUGUGUAGACUUUUGGGAUUGCAUUUAAUGUGUCAUGGCGUCUUCAUAUCGAAACUCUCUCAACACACAGUAUCAACUGUAUAUAGCAUAGAGACGGUGUAUGAGUAAGAGUGUGUAUAAGAGAAGACAAAAGUUAAAGAAGAAAUAUCAGGCUCAUUUGCGAAACUACACUUUUUCAUCUGUAGUCGCAGUGUUUUUAGUCGUUCCGCGGGCAAAAACCAAAGUUCACGAAAAAAACAAAACCCGAAAACACAAGAACAAAAAAAAAUAAUUCAAAAAUCGAUUGGCCAAAUGCAAAUCACACUGGUGGAAUCGUGAGCGUUUAUUAGAUUUCAAUCAACAAACAAACAAACCAACCAACAAAAAAGACAUUGAAUUGAGAGAUAGAGAGGAAGAGAGUAAUUGUAAAUGCGGUGAAUACGAGUUCGAGGGCUUUGGUAUUCCGUAGUAUACAUUGUAUUACACUCAAGAAUUUCUAACAAGUCGAAGUAAGUAAGCAAAAAUUAAAAACGACAACAACAUUGGAACAACAGAAAAGUGUAUUAUUCAGUCGCGCCACGAAAAAAAAAGAAAAAAAACACACACAACCAGCAACAACAAUAUUGUCGUCGUCGAAACAAAGAAGUAUAUAGUCUCAACACUUAUACAAGAGCACCGACUAGAGAUUCUAUCGAGAGAACAGAGUUGAGAGAAGUAAAACAGAGCCCGCGACCAAACUUAGAAUUCGAGAGCCCCAACAAAAAAUGAUACAUCUCGUUAGUUAGUUGUUUCGCAUCGUAUCGCAUCGCAUCGCAUAUUCAUCAUCAAAGUUUUGUAGAGCCAUCAGCAUAGGAAUAUUGUGUAUCUUUGACUACUGCUGCUUCUGCUGCUGCUGCUGCUGCUGCCACUGCUACUGCUACUAUUACUGUUGAUCAUCUCGUCGCGCUCUUGUUUUUGCCAUUGUUUAGAAAUAGUUGUACGAUUUCUCGUUCAUUUGUGUUAUUUUUGUUGAACGUGUAAACGCUCCCCAUAUUUUUGUGUGAGAAUUUUUUUUCCUUCUCUCUAGUUACAUUGUUUAUUCGCAUCGUGUAUAUUAUUAUUAUCAACUGCUAUACAUAUUGGCUUCGUAUAGUUUUUUUUUAUUGUUUCUUUCAUCGUGUUUUCGCGUUUCGGUGGAAUUCACGCACGUUUGGCAGAUACGUUUCAACGUUUUGUACACAAAAUAACAGCAACAGAAACCACAACAACAACAACAAAAACUACUAUAAAGAAUCUGCUUGGAAGUCGUGGACAUUCUUCUCUUCCUAUAUGCAUGCAUACAUUUCUCAUUGUGUCAAUUAGUUGAAAAAACAACACGUCGUGCAAAUUACGUUUAGACUUUAGAUCACAUCGAUACAAAAUUUAGUGCAAGGAUCUUGUCAAGAUUCAUUGAACAAUUAACGAGGCGAAUCGUGUGUGUGUGUGUGUGUUUUUUUAUAUCCAACAAAAUCCACUUGAUUUUCUCGGCUCUAUCUGCUUCCAAAGUUGAAAAAAAUUCGAUUGUGUGACAAAACGAGGAAUGAACAACACAAACUCAUCGACAACAAACCACAAUUUUUGUUUCGUUAAAUAAUACUCGCAAUUGAAAUCGCACAAAGAAAAAGAAAAAAAAAUUAUUACGAAGACAGCAGAAAAUUUAUUACACACAUAUUAAAAAAAUAAUAAUAUUGCGGCCAUUGUGUAUUCGUCUAUUUAUGAAAUAAAAAAGAAACCACACCGACCAAGUGAUUGUAAUAAAAAAUUAAUUUGAUUGAUUGGGAAUAUUUAUUCGUGCGCACCGUGCAUAAUUAUCAAUUGAAGUGAAUCAGCCCCACCGUCAAUCAGUCAAAUAGCCGAGUCAAGUGAAAGCAUAUAUAUAUAUAUAUAUGUGUGUGUGUGUACGUGAAAUUACAAUGGAGUAAUAAUUGAUUUGAUGCUGCGAUAAAAACUGGAGUAUUUUUAAAAAUAUUGAUGAAGCUAGAAUUUCGAAGCACCCUUCGUGUUUGAGACCAUUCUAAACGCAUUUUCAAGCAGGCACUGCCACCACCGACCAACGAACAGCCAACAACAACAAAUAACCCAUACGACCGUAUGCAGCGUGCAAAUGUGUGAAUUGAGUGUCUCGGUCCAGCAACUCACUUCCGCAGAACUACCGAUAAAUUAGAGCUAACGAACAGAAACAAUAACUAUCAUCAAAUAUCCCGGUGGUCAUCCCGGUCGCUUCAUCCAUAGCCAAAACACUUGCCUGUACACGAUUAACCGACAACAAAAGACGACGACAAGCAAUAUUAUUGAAAUUAGCGAUCAGAAGGAAGUGACGACAAAAAAAACGCAGUAUUUUCAGUACAAGCAAUAUUGUUGCCUCUUAAUCUUCGGUUUCCCAACACAUUUAAUUCAACAUUUCACUCUAACACACGCUUCUCCCAUGUUCUUGAUCCAGAGUACAACUUGAAAAAGAAAAAAAAAUAGUUCAACAACACAGUCCGUCAUCAGGAUUUUAAUAUUUCCCACUGCCGACAACCAAACGAACAACUCUAUACACACACCUAUACGAAGUAGAACAAAAACAAUAACAAAAGAAAUCAACUAAACAAAAUCGUUGCCUUACUUCACCUUCGAUUUCAUUUGACUGCAUGAACUAAAUAAAUAAUAGUUAGCAACAUCGUAAAAACAAUUCCGUUUUUCGGGGGAUACUACGUACAGCAGCUGCUUAAAAUAACAACAAGAACUCAAUCGAAUAUCGAUUUUUAAUCCUUCCUCACAUCAUUUAUAAUAUCUCACGUCGUUUGAAAAAUAAAUCCGAUACAGAACACAUAGCUGCCAAGGACACAACAAAGUAUCCAUACCAUACACCCACACACGAUUUCCUACACAGUUUCUUCAUGUUAUUGUGGUUUUGAAGAAGGAGAAGAAGAAGAAGAAGAAGAAAAAAGACUCAACUCCCGGAAUGCUCAUGCAUUUUGAACGAACACAUGAAAUGCAAAUAGUGAAUCGAGGAUUUUUCGAGUAGAAAAUUUGUAGCAAACAAAAUAACAAAACUUCAAACUCGGCUUUUAUACUGGCCGUCUAUGAAAAUAUUAUUCAAAUCCGAAAACAAGCAUCAGAACUGCCAUUAGAAGAAUCUCGUGAAGCGCGGAUAUUUUAAACGAAUAUUUUCCCUACAAUCAUCGAAAAGUAAACUCUCUCACAAACAUACACACACAAUUGAUUUCUUCGUCACGAAGUAAAUAGAAAAAUCCAUUCAAAAUUGCUCUCAGCGCCGCAGACAACCCACCAAAACGCAAAGCAAUGAACGGCUUAAGCUUGAGCGAGCUAUGCUGUCUGUUUUGCUGUCCACCGUGCCCCGGCCGUAUCGCAUCGAAAUUGGCAUUUUUACCACCGGAAUGCUCAUACGAACUGAAGGCCGAUGAGACUAGCCCAACCAAAUUCUCAAUGACACUGCUCGAUCGGGCCGAUUGGCAAUACAGUGAACGCGAAAAGGAAUGCUUCGAAGCAUUUUACACACGAUCAUCGAGGGGAAAUCGCAUCGCCUGCCUAUUCGUACGGUGUAGUGCAAAUGCCAGAUUCACAUUACUCUUUUCACAUGGGAAUGCCGUCGAUUUGGGGCAAAUGACAAGCUUUUUCGUAGGUUUAGGUCAACGCAUCAAUUGCAAUAUAUUUAGUUAUGAUUAUUCGGGGUAUGGCAUGAGCACCGGCAAACCAACCGAAAAGAAUUUGUACGCUGAUAUUGAUGCCGCCUGGCACGCGCUACGUACACGGUACGGCAUUAGCCCGGAAAAUAUCAUUUUGUACGGUCAAAGUAUAGGUACAGUGCCAACGGUUGACCUAGCCAGCAGAUACGAAGUUGGAGCUGUAAUACUUCAUUCGCCGUUGAUGUCUGGUAUGCGUGUCGCAUUUCCAGCCACACGAAGAACGUGGUUCUUUGAUGCAUUCCCUAGUAUUGAUAAAGUUCCAAAGGUGACAUCGCCCGUACUGGUGAUUCAUGGAACAGAAGACGAAGUUAUUGAUUUCUCGCACGGUCUCACCAUCUACGAAAAGUGUCCACGUGCCGUCGAACCACUUUGGGUGGAGGGCGCUGGACACAACGAUGUUGAAAUGUACACGCAAUAUUUAGAGAGACUAAAGCAAUUCGUAUCCGUCGAACUCAUCAACUGACAGCAACUGAACUCUGACGUUAGCGCUCAAGAUGCUGGUUCAGGCGAUGACAUACUUAACGCUUCGAUUACAAUUAGUUCAACAACCACAAAUAACUCGACCACUGAAAAACUUCUUUAGCAUAAGGGGUCCGGCAUUCCGGCCGACCCACAAUCAGCGAAUCAACAACAAUCACAAUCAUCACCAUCGGAUGCAAAAGUAAAACAAUCCUCAUCCAACACAACAACCACCACCACCACUACGAAUGCACCAAAAAAACUUCUUGAUUCAGCUGCGGGUACAAGCGGUACGAAUGACCAGGACCAAAACAAUGGAAAAUCCACAAAACCAAACAACAAUACAGACAGUACGAAUAGUGUGGCCAAAUCAAAUAAUAAAAAACAUGACAAAACUAAGGACGCUCAUAAAUGCCGUUGUUCGGCUGCAUCGAAAACAUCUACGUCAAGUCGACAAACAAGUGCAUCGACAUCAACGAAUGCCGCCUCCGCCGCCGCCGCUACAAAUCUAGCACUGUUGCGCAAUUUUAAAGAUUUACCGGUUCGUGAGUACGAGAAAUUAUCGCCACUUCCACCGAAUUCAAUGCAUAAGAAUAGCUCUUCCGUUGCCGAUGCUGCAUCGCUCAACGAAAAAGUGUACAGUCCAAAAGCGACCACCGCCAAUCACAAUGGAAAUUCGAACUGCGAAUCUUCAUUGAAACACAAGAAAGACAACAGCAGCACAUCGGCAACCAAUGAUGAUACAACAUCGAAACCGGACGAUGCAUUGAUUUUACGAAUUGGUAGCUUGGAAAAGAGUGCACGUCGUUUAUCGUCGCUCAGCAUCAACCGGAGCACCGAUAACGGUGAUAAAAUCCGAGGCAAAAUUAAAGUACGCACGAAAACCGAUCCGCAUCCAAUAUCAUCGUCACAGAAAUUGCGCGAUUUUUCGUCGUCGGGCACAUUGACCACCGUCUUCACCAGCACGCACAGCUCAAGCAAAUGCAAUUGCAGUAGUUGUAAAUCAAUGUCUUCAAGCGUAUCAAAUUCAGACAAUCAUAAUAAAACGAAAUCCGUUGGCACACAACACGAUGCAAAUAAUGCAUACGAUCCGUGGGUACGGCAAACCACCACCAAUGCAACGGAUUCAACGAAAUCAAAAUCAAAUAGCUCAACCAAAUCGGCCGUUCUCACACAAAAGUUGGCCAACACAAAUGCCAAAGUCAUUGUCAUUACGGAUGAUUUUAAGAAAAAAGCACUCACCAAUCAAGAGGUGUUCGUUGAUACAAAGCGAAAAAUGUUGCGCUACAUGAAGGCAAACAAAUUGACCAAUUCAUCACGUUCAAUGGACAAUGACAAUGAACCGGAUGACGCAAACAAAUUG